UGUGCACCUAGUAAACUGGGCAGACCUGCUGCUGCAUAUUUUCCAUCCAUUUGGCACAGUUUUAAACAUGUAUUAAAGGAAUAGCCCUGAGGAGACAGUCAAAAGAAAGUUCUUCCACACAGAGAGCAGUGUGAAGCUGGGGAUGGCAGCAGCCUCGGUGAGUGCUCAUUCCCCGGCUCCUCUGAAUCUGAAGAAGGAGGGGCUUCGGGUGGUGAAGCAGCAUCACCACUCUGCUUGGCAACAGGGAUUCCAGCUGCAAGGAAACAGCACAGGCCCUGGACAGGAGCCGCUGUGCAAACAGUUCAGGCAGUUGCGCUAUGAAGAGACCACAGGACCUCGAGAAGCCCUGAGCCGACUCCGGGAACUUUGCCACCAGUGGCUACAGCCUGAGACCCACAGCAAGGAGCAGAUUCUGGAGCUGCUGGUGCUGGAGCAGUUCCUGACCAUCCUGCCCGAGGAGCUCCAGGCCCGAGUGUGGGAGCAUCACCCAGAGAGUGGGGAGGACGUAGUCACUGUACUGGAGGAUCUGCAGCCAGCGCUUGGAGAAAGAGGACAGCAGGUGCACCCAGACCGGGCAAAGGAACAGAAAAUGCUUGUGGAGGAGACAGCCCCUCCGAAAGCAGUGCAGGAGCAGCAGGUCCAGCUUGAGCAUGAAGUUACAAAGCCCGAAAAGGAGAAGGGUGAGGAGACAAGGAUGGAGAAUGGGAAGCUGGUUGUAGAGACAGAACCUUGUGGAGGAGUGGAAUCAUCUAGGAAGAUAUCUGAACCCCCAGAGGCUCAUUAUGAGGGCUCUGACUUGGAAAGGCAGCAGGCCAAGCCCAAGAAGAAGACCGCCUCUACACGCUCAGACUGUGGGGAGGGCUUCAUCCAGCGCUCAGACCUGACUAAACAUGAAGGUACGCACAUGGGAGAAAAGCUCUGUGAAUCUCAAGUGUGUCAGAAUUCUAGUGUUACUGGACAUCAGAAAAUCCGUUCUAGAGAGAAAGGUCAUCAGUGUCACGAGUGUGGGAAAGCCUUUCAGAGAAGUUCACACCUUGUCAGACAUCAGAAAAUCCAUCUUGGCGAGAAGCCUUAUCAGUGCAAGGAGUGUGGAAAAGUCUUUAGCCAGAACGCAGGCCUUUUGGAACAUCUCAGAAUCCAUACUGGAGAGAAACCUUAUCUCUGUAUCCACUGUGGAAAGAACUUUAGGCGCAGCUCUCACCUUAAUCGACACCAGAGAAUUCACAGUCAGGAGGAGCCCUGUGAGUGCAAGGAGUGUGGGAAAACCUUUAGUCAGGCCCUUCUCCUCACCCACCAUCAGAGAAUCCACAGCCACUCCAAAAGCCACCAGUGUAACGAGUGUGGGAAAGCCUUUAGUUUGACCUCAGACCUUAUUCGACAUCACAGGAUUCACACUGGAGAAAAACCUUUCAAGUGUAGUAUAUGCCAGAAAGCCUUCCGACUAAACUCACACCUCGCUCAGCACGUGAGAAUCCACAACGAAGAAAAACCCUAUGAGUGUGAUGAAUGUGGAGAAGCCUUCAGACAGAGGUCAGGUCUUUUUCAACAUCAGAGAUAUCACCACAAAGAAAAACUGGCUUCCUGAUGUGUCCUCUCCUUAUAGAACAUCAGAGACAGCACAGUAACAAGCAAACAGCACUUUAGGAAAAGUCACUCUAGCCACCUCUGGCAGAGAACUCUUGGGGGCCAAGUUGGAGGCUAUCUGCCUCCACUUUUCUUUGUUUUCCUUGAAGUCAGCUUUGGACCACAAUAAUUUGAUCCUAGAUGGUACUGUGGGAUCAAAGUAAAACAGCAUCUUUACUGCAGGACUUCUCAGAGCUUUGAACAUAGUAAAUGCAUAAUUACGCAUCUCCAAGUAGUAGAGAGCCUUGUGAUUGAGUAAGGGCUUUGAAGUCAGCGGCGAAUCAAGUGUCCACAGAUUUACAGGCUUCAGCAGAAAAAGAGCAGGUUGAGAUUUUUGCAUAUGCUACAGCAACUCUCUCCUAUAAAAUAAAACUCAUGCUGUUUGGAAAUAUACCGCACUUAAAGGUGUCUUAAAGUGCAGGUUAAGGGAGACCAUUUCCCCCAACUGGUUUUACUAACACCUCCCCCACUUCCACUGGCAUUCCCCCCAUCUUCCCCUGCCCCCAAUCAGUGGAAGCAUUUUGGAAAGCAAAGAUAAUCUAAUUUUACCAUUUCCCACCCCCAUCCUUGCCACAAUACUUUCAUUGAUUCAAGUUAGAAAUCAAGGUUUUAUUUAGCUUGCGGAAGAAAUUUCCUAAGUCAUUUGAAUGAACCAUGCUGAAUUAAUCCAAGUAGCAACUGUCUUACUUGAUAACUCCAGUGCCAGUCUGGUGGCUGCUGCAUAGACACUAUUCAAUAAAUGUCUGGGGAAACAAAUUGGACUUUUUCCCUUUAAUACUGAUGAUGCAGUUUUAAAAUGUUGCUUGUUCUGGAAUUCUUUGAAAGUCAAACAAUAAAGUCAGCUUGGAGGAGA